AUGUCGGCAUCUAGGAGUCUGGACUCCCUUCCCUUCGAUGUCUUUUACCAGAUCGCCACGUCGCUGGACGACCGCGAUUGUAUUAACCUGAGCCGCACUAAUCGCGCUCUCCAUGAUUUCAUGGACAGUGACCUCAUUGCCCGCAAAACAGUCCAGAACACUCUGCUUCACAGUAAAGAGGGCCAGUCUGCCUGGGCCGCUCAGGCCGGGUUCCGAAAGGCGGUUGGGCUUCGCUUUGACAUCCAUGAGGCGAUUGCCACCGCCGCCCCAUAUGCUGUUUCCAUCUUAGCUUACGGGGCCGACUUUCUCUAUAAUCAAGGCGUUCUGUGCUACCGCGUUGGAGAUGAAAUUCGCCUGCUGGAUGUGCAUCGUGUAGCUCGCCAGGAACGAGUGGUGAACCUCGGCGAACUGAUCUCUCGCUUGGGAUUUGGCUCGGCGGGCCUGGGUCUCGUUGAUCAGGUCACUCUGCUCCACUAUAAUGAUGGCAUUGUCUCCUUCCGCUUAGCACGCCAAGAUGCUCAGGAGGAUGUCCUGCUGGCGAUCGAUAUGGAUCGCCGCUCGGGUCAGCCUCGAAGGAAGCGCCUGCUGCUUCAAAAGGCUAUUCCCGCGGACUCCCCUAUCUUUGUCCGCCAUAGCCGCGCCUACAUUUGGUAUGGCACCUUCACAUCUGCCCACGGCUCGAGCGGAGUCUGGUCGGUAUGCGGAAAGGAUUUCGCUACGUCCGAGGAGAUCGAAUUCCCUCUGGACCGGGUGGUCGAUGGGGAACUAGGUCAAACGCUCUGUUUUGACAUGUAUCGGGAGCAUCUCUAUGCCGUCUCGACCCAAGUCGCUUCAGACGACGAUGAGCGGUUUUCUUCAUUUUAUCACUGGUUCUGCUAUUCACCCCGUGAAAAGGGGUGCAAAUGGAAGGGGAGGCUCUGGCGCCGUGAGCAUUGCGAGGGCCCUAUCAACGAGAUGUGGACAGACUUGUCGAUUCGUAUAGAUGAGACGACCGGUCGGCCCGUAAUUCUUGAAUGUCGUCGAGAAUGGCGCGGUGGCAAGAGUGAAAACCAUCGCACAAACUACAUUGAACCGCUACCCACACCAGAAGAGGCGGAAACGUGGGCGGAUGAUGACCCGAAUGAUCUUACCGGGAAUCACCAGCCUUAUAACCAAAGACCUGAAAAGCGGCUACGCAGGACUUAUCACGCUGAGUACGAGCAUCACCAUGAUCCAGCGAAGCGAUUGGAAUUUAUUGCCGCUCGUACCAAACACCGCAGCUAUCACCUCGCAUCUGCAACCUUUGUCGAUCUCGUCAACGAUCCUGCUCCUCAGGCCGACGGGGUACGAUCCCAAGACCGGCUCCGCCUCAGAACAGUAUCACGAAAGCGCAAAAAUCCCAUUGAUGACGGAGGAACUGAGGGUGCUCCGAAGAUGCUCUUCCGUCCCAUGCAAGUUAACGGCCAACCCAUCAAAGGCUCCGAGGACCGAUUCGUCUCUUGCGGCGUGCACAUGUGGCCCCGCGACGACACACCGUCUGAGAUCUAUAAUCUCCUCUGUCCCGACUCUCGUGUCAGCUCUGUGCGCGCGGUCUCCGACGAGCGAUCCAUAAUCUACUCUGUCUCAUCUGCCGGUCUGCCGUCCAACCACCAGGCUCUCGUUCUGAUCAGCUUUGAUCCCACGAUUCGCUUUCCCAACCUUACAUCUCUUCGCACAAUGAAGAUUCCCAUGGUUUCAGAGAACAUCUUCCCGGUUCAGGUGCCCCAACCACGGUCACCCAAUCCUUCCCUCGUGCAAGAGGCAUCACCUCUUUAUCAGGCAAUCCGUCGUGGCUACUGGCUACGAUGA